AUGGCGGCGACCUUCCCUUACACCCACUACUCAUGCCCCUGCUCUGAUCUCGCCUCCUCCACCCCAAUCAUCACACCCGCACGACGUACCUCGACAGCACCCAGCAACAACACCACAGACGAAGACACGACCUUCAAUUCCCACGACCCACGCGCCGAAUACGCCCUCUACCCCCUCGACCACCUGCUCUUCUGCGACGAAUGCGACGCAAUUCGCUGCCCCAUAUGCUAUGGCGAGGAGAUCAUCAACUGGUACUGUCCGCAGUGCCUGUUCGAGGUGCCGAGUAGUACGGUGAAGGCGGAUGGAAAUAGAUGCGCGAGGAACUGUUGCAAUUGCCCAGUAUGCACGGCCCUCUUGGCUGUAGCUGUCAUGCCGCAGGAGAAGAAUGGCAGUGAGAGGUUGAAACCCAGUGAUGCUGCUGGGGAGGAAGCAUAUCUUUUGCAAUGUCAGUAUUGUGAUUGGAGCUCGCUGGACAUCGGCGUGCAGUUCAGCAAGUCCACGAAGAUUACAGAGCAACUGGCCAAGCAGAGGAAGAGCCGCAUCACGUCCCGAACGGACAGCGGAGGCGAUGUGACGAAGAAGACCUACACGCAGCGCUAUGGCCGGGAGGAUGCUUUCGACAAGCUCCUCACAUUCUACAAAGCACAGCUUAGUGAGGCGGGAGAUCCUCAGGCUGCUUAUGGCAGUAGUCCAUAUGGGUCGCCUGCUAAUCUGGCUCGGAUUAUGAGUAUCUAUGGUGGGCUGUCUGUCAAUGCGCUGAAGAAGAGUCGGGAGAAGCCGCAGCCGAUGAGGGAGGCUGGAGGGGAGAGUGAAGGCGCCGUCACAUAUGGCCAGGACGACAAGUUGGCCGAGGACGCAUUGCUGCAGCAGAUCGAGGGACUCUCUUGGGAGGAUACUACAGCGCCGGAGCAGCGAUUGUCAUCCGCCCACAACAAUAAUGCACGACAUCUGGACGAUCUCUGGCCAGCCGCGACACCACUACGAACGCGAAAAGGAAGACGCUGCAGAACAUGCCGCCAAUUCCUCUCGCGUCCAGACCCAAAAGUCAACAACCUCCGCUACAAGAUCCGCUUACUGGCACAAAACCACGUCCCCCGCCUCUCCAUCAAACCACUCCAUGCGCCUUCCCCACUACUAUCCCACCCUUCCUUCCGUCUAAGGCCUACAGACGUGGCUGAACAACCUACGUUACGGCCGCAUACCGCAUACCAAUACAUCCUUACCGUCCGCAAUCCGAUCUUCGAGACUGUGAAUAUCACCCUCGCGACACCAACAACGACACCGGGUCGAGUGGCCUCGCGUGUCACGAUUCUGUGUCCUACUUUUACGGUGGGGCCGGCGGGUGAUGUUUGGGAUGAGGCUCUUUCUACUAGCACCACUUCCUCGUCGUUUUCCACAACCCGGAACGACGGCGGAAGACAGGCAGCUAUGGCGUCAUUGACGGGUAGGAAUAACGCAGGCAUAUCAGUCGCCGAUGAAGCAGGCGAUCGCCAGCCCGAAGCAGGGAAAGUGUGGGAGAGGUCUCGGAGUUCGACUUCCGUUGUUGUGGAGGUUGUCGCCGGGUCUCUCACAGCGGGGUCUAGUAUUGUUCCCAAAACUGAGGCGGAGAUGGAGAGGGAGAGGCUGGAGGAGGGUGAUGAGGUGUUGGAGGUUCCGGUGUUUGUUCGGGCGGAGUGGGAGGUCGUGGAGGAAAAGGAGGGUGGUGGUGAGGUUCUUGGGGUUGAGAAGAGGGCUGGUAGGAGUGUUGUUAGUGGUGGUGGUGGUGGUGGCGGGGAGAAGGUGAAGAAGGAUGUGGGGUUUUGGUGUGUUCUCGGUCUUGGGCGGAUCGUCGAGGGUGGAGUGUGA